UGGAGGUUCGUUUCGAGAAAGUCGGGUUGAUUUCAUUGUCCCUCAAGUAGGUCGAGAUUUGUUUUGGCACGGACACCAGUUCUGCCUUAAAGCUACAGGCAGUCAUAUUGUCGUAAGUCCAAUCAGUCCUACGAGGUGUGAUUUCAGCCGACUUAAAUGGGAUCUGAAAGCAGAGCAAGCCAGACAUUUCGAGCUGAAACUUCAGUGAAAGUCGUGCCUGUGUUUUGUUGUUGACAUGGCGAAUCAUGAAGCUGACCUGCAAAAUGCUGACGUGACUUCAAGCAUGGGCGAAGGGAGUGAGCAGCAGGAGGGGGUCGUUCAGGACCAGGGGGACACGGGGCAUCACAACAAACGGGGAAAAUGUGACGCAGACCCGAAGGAAGGUCAAAUGAGCGCUGAACUGAAUGCUUGUGAACUGCCUGUUCAGAAUGGAGUUGGAGGGGUCAAGGAGAGCUACCAGGGACCCCAUCGCUGGAGAGAGAGGCUACGGCCAGUCAGGAGAAGUGACGGGAGGCGGCUCACCGGCAUCAGGGACAGCGACGGCUCAGCCAAUGUGGAGAGAUCAGAAAGCUUUGACAGACCAUGGAAGGAUGGACGAAAACUAAACAGGGACGACAGAAUUGAUGACAACAAAAUCAGAGAGAGACUGAAAUCCAUGCCAGGAUGGAAGAAGGACUGGACUUCACGCAAACAUAAUGGACCCAUGGUGGUUAAACAUGCACCAAACUCAGGAAAUGCCCCACCUGCUAACUCACAGGCUGCAUCCAGCAACAUUCCAGUCCGCCUGCACAAAAGACGUCACUUAUCCCCACAUGCCGAGUCUGCCUUCACAAGAAAUGUGGUAAACAACCCUGUCUCAUACAGUGGCUCAAGGAGGAAACUCUCCCCCCACAAUUCAUUCCAGUUUCGACAGCCAGGUCUUUCCGCUGGAUUUUACUCUGGUCGACGCACACCUUCUCCAAACACUCUGCACGAUCCCAGCACACAGAGCGAGUUGACCAACAAACGCAUUGCCAAGGUGCUGCGUGCUCGACUCUACCUGCUCCAGCAGAUGGGACCAAACUCCUUCAUGAUUGGUGGAGAUUCUCCGGAGCAUAAAUAUAAAGUUAUCAUUGGUCCACAGUCUUGCUCAUGUGGACGAGGCCCUCACUGCGCUCACUUGUUGUUCGUCAUGCUGAGAGUGUUCCAAGUGAGCGAAACUGACUCCUGCCUUUGGGCAAAAACAUUAAAAAACUUUGAGGUGGAAGCUUUAUUUGGCAUGUAUCACAACAAGCGUUCACUGCGAUUGGCUGCUCGUCACCAACAGAAGAAAACAAAAGAGUCGCUGCCUGAGACACACGAUAGUAGUUCUGAUGAACCUACAACUCCUACAGAGGGAGAUACCGGGAGCAGUAAAGAUGAGGAAGACACCUGCCCAAUCUGUCUCUUGGAGAUGCUGGAGGGAGAAAGCUUGCUCAAGUGUGAAAAUGGCUGUCAAAACAGGCUUCAUCAUCAUUGUAUUACCAUCUGGUUUGAGGAGUGUCGCAGACAGGGAGAGACCCUUAACUGUCCUCUGUGCAGGGCCGAGUGGAAGGGUACCUCAAAUGACAACAACAACACGACUGAAACAAUUGAAAAUGGGGAGCCCCUUAUAGCCCCUCCUAACACUCGUGCCUCGUCCCCCACUCCUGAGCCUCAUGAAGACACCAGGCUUCCUCAUGCUGAACCCAUUCCUCAAGAGUACAUGAGCACUGCUGAGCCAUGGAUCCAGGUGUUAGGAGAGGAGUUGGUGGCGUGUCUGUUUUCUCGUAACUGGUCUAUCCGUGAGACAGCAUUAAGACACCUGAGUCGUGAGGUGGUGGCGACCCUACUACGAGGGAUGGGGGAGGGCAGGUCAGGUGUGAUGGUCUCACCUGUCCGUCAGUCAGCCACUCAUCAGAUGCUGAACACCUGCUGCAGUAUUCUGGCCUUCAUGUGUGCUGACCCCGUCUACAAAGUCUUUGUGGCUUGUCUGCGUACGUUGAGAACAAUGAUGUCAUAUACACCGUGUCGUGGAGUACAGCAGAGGCAGCGUCUUCAGGCCUUGCUGAAACCAAUCAUCGACACCAUCGUGCUUAAGUGUACUGACGGAAAUCGGCGGACCAGUCAGCUGUCCAUCUCCACCAUUGUCGAGCUGGCCAAAGGUCAAGCAGGGGAGUUAGCAGUGGGCAGGGAGAUUGUCAAUCCAGGCAUCCAUGGACUAGGUGGGCUGAAGUUUGUGAUUCAGUGUGUAACAGAGGCCUACCUUCCAGACUCGAUUCAGUGGCAAUGGUUGCUUGGUCGGAUGUGCAUACUUGAAAGACUUUUCGAGGAGUUUUCGGAGCAGUUCGUGUUUCAGGGAGUUGCCCUGGAUGAAGAUGAUGAUGAUGCUGACUUGGACGUUUCCAUGCAAAUGGAUCCUGGUCGACCCCCAGGGUACCACUUCAUCAUCGCUGUGUCUCAGUUCACUAUCAAGGCAGUAGGGUAUUCCCACACCCGUGUGGCCAAACUCGCUCGUAGACUUUUCCUGGUGGCUGCACACUAUGCUGCGCAUGACCCCAGCGCCACAACUGAACUGGAAACAAUGUUAGCCAAUACAGAGGCUAGGUUGGCCCCAGCCAUGAGGAGGAAAUUCAGAAAGAUAGUUCAGGACAACAGAGUUUCGCAUGCCGCUGAGGAGCUUGAUUUCCCGUCCGACCUGAGCGAGUCAGAUAGUAUUUGUGUUUCCGUCCCAUCUCCCAGUAUUUCCCCGGUGUCUACACCACGAUGUAACUCGCCCGAAUCCGUUAAACUGGUAAACGUGCCACAGGAGGAUGGUCAGAGUGAAGCCAGUUGCUCAGGGAAUGUCGCACCAGCAGUGCCCCCUAACACCCCACGACACGUGAGGCGGGCACGCCCUGAACCUGAGGGUAGCUCCGACAUUGUUGACAGUCUAAACACGAGUGAUCGAAGCGAGCCCCGUGAAGAUGCACACGAAGAGGGAAGAUCAGAGGUGAUUUCUGCGGAGACUGGAGCUCAUACACUGACCACUCCCCUGGUCCAAUCUGUGAUUAACAUUAGUGCGGAGGAUGUCAUUGGACUGGCUCAAAUGGAAGCCGUUGUGGACAUUGCCGAAGACAUCACUGCUUCACAUUCCACUGCUGAGGAGGUUUACUCACCCCCGAGCCCUCCGCAAAGCUUGCACAUCAAGCCAUCUUCCCCAGGAGAGGAAUUACCCUGGCAGGGGGAAGUCACUCCUGCCUCUACCCCAAGAUCUAGAACCUCCAGUCUCAGGGACAGCCUUAGUACAGAUGGAGUUGUCUCCCUUUGUGACGCAGAAACAAUUCACCCAUCUGAAUCCUCACAUAGACAGGCUCCAGUUUGUCGCUGCAGCGCGGGGCUUAGUCCUUCAGUGGUGACAACUACAAAAUUACGGCGUAGUGUGUCUGACACACAGACUCCGACAGGGUCACGUAGGCGUGAUGGUGCGGUCGCACCUGAGGGCAAUCCCCACCCUAAACCACGAUACAGCCGCUCAGUUAUGCUAACAGAGGAUCUGGACUUUCGCUUUUCUCCUCCUCCAUCUGACCAACCGGUAUGCUUCAAAACAGAAGUAGCCACACCGUCCCCCAAACAUUCCCCGAGUACCACGGCCGACCAAGCCUCCUCUGACCCUGAGUGCAAGUGUAAAGAAGAAGUGGAGUUAGAAGAGGCUCUGGCACUGGCUAAGGCAUUAGACGUGUCCAGUAAGCAGGACCCGAACACCAGUAGUGCCAGGCUUGACCCCUACAGGACAGAGAGGAGGUUAUCACCAUCCGUAUUCAGCCAGAGGUUUGUGCAUCGGAAAAGAUCAGGUGAUGGUUUAACCUCUGACCUUGACAAUCCAGGCACUUCAAGGGAGGAGCCUAAACUAUACUUUGAGAACAUUCAUUGGGUGAAGGGGUUGCUGUUAGGAACAGGGGCCUACAGUACAUGUUACCAGGGUGAUGUUCAGACUGGUGUGAUCAUGGCUGUCAAACAGAUUUCGUUUUGUCGGAAUUCGCCGUCUGAGCAGGAGAAGGUGAUAGAGGCGAUCACAGAGGAGAUCCACAUGAUGUCUCGUCUGAACCACCCUAACAUCGUGCGCAUUCUGGGCGCCACAAAACAGGGCUGUCAUUUCAAUAUGUUUGUAGAGUGGAUGGCUGGUGGGUCAAUAGCCUUCCUGCUGGAUCAGUACGGAGCUUUCUCGGAGCCUGUUAUCAUCAGUUACAUACAGCAGGUCCUGAGAGGGCUGGCUUAUCUCCAUGACAACCAUAUCCUACAUCGGGACCUAAAAGGAGCCAAUCUUUUGGCAGAUAGUACAGGUCAAAGGUUACGUAUUGGAGAUUUUGGUGCAGCAGCGAGGCUGGCAUCACGAUCAACAGGGGCAGGAGAAUUCCAGGGACAGCUGCUGGGGACGAUAGCCUUCAUGGCACCAGAGGUUUUAAGGGGAGAGAACUACGGACGUUCCUGUGAUGUUUGGAGUGUGGGAUGCGUCAUGAUUGAAAUGGCUACCAGAAAACCUCCAUGGAAUGCCACUGAUGUCACCAAUCAUCUCAAGUUAAUAUUUAAAAUAGCCACGUGUGACCAACCUCCACCCAUCCCGCCCAACAUGUCCCCGCCAGUAAAGGACGUGAUGCUGCGGUGUUUGGAGCUGAACAGGACAGAGCGGCCCUCGGCCAAGGAACUCCUACUCCAUCCCCUCUUCACCCAGUACCAGGCCCCCAGGUGACUGCCAGACUAUUGUCACAAUGACGACGAAGAUGACGAUGACAACAACAACGACAGCAUCACAUAUCACUCAAACUGCCUUACAAAACACAUUUUAUAUAUAUAUAUAUAU